GGUCAGAUUGUCAUUCUUGUCAUGACAGCAGUAUUAACCUUCUGGUUACACUGAUUAUAACUUUGACAACCACAAAGUUGAGGUUCUUCUUAAGUGAACACCCCUUUUUCGAUCUUUGUCGAUUUACCUUCCAGCCCGGAUGUGAAAGUGGAAAUCCAUCGGCGAUGAAUUUUGGUCGGGAGGAGAUCCAGGAGUUGCACAAAAGGGUCGGACACGUCACUGUCGCCUACAAACACCUAAUCGUCGUCUGGGGCGGGGUCCUGUUCCAGAGGUACCAGACCAACUUUCGCAACGACAAGACCAUCCUCGCAGAGCAGAUAUGGUUUUACAACACUCUCACAGAAUUGUGGACCCUCGCAGAGUGUACUGGAGAUGUGCCUCUGGGACAUUCUGGAAGCACGGGAGUGGUGUGUGGCGAUUUCUUGUACCUUUUUGGAGGUUUGUUCGGAGAAAACUCUGAAUUCAAGUAUUCUAACGGGCUCUACAGGCUAAAUUUGAAAACUCUCGUUUGGACUCAGCUCAAUCCUACAGGUCCAGCACCGAAAAAAUGUGACAAAGGUGUUGGGUGGGAGUACAAGAAUAAACUGUACUUUUUUGGCGGCUACGGUGAAGGGCCAUCAAGCCUACAGAGAAACAUAGAAUCCACUUUUCUCCUUGACAUAAACAACCAGGGGUUCAUGGGCUGGAAUAAUCAGUUCAUUUGUUACGAUCCUGAGGAAAAUGCCUGGUCAAUCCCAAAGGUCAAAGGUGUCCCCCCGAAUCCAAGAGCAGCUCAUGCUGCCGACAUUAUCGGGCAUCUUGCUUUUAUCUCUGGAGGUAGGGAAGGCGAUACUAGGAACAAUGAUCUGUAUUGCAUCAACAUGGAAACUUUUACUUGGUCUUCUAACCUCAAUUCUGGAAAAGAGUCGAAUGAAGUGCCAGGUGGACUUUCUUGGCACAGCUUCUCUUUUGUUUCACCAAACAAAGCCGUAUUGUAUGGAGGUUUAAAGCAGUACGGAUCUCCUUCUCUGGAGUGGUGGGAGUGCACCAUCAGCGAAAAUAAUGAAGUAUCGUGGAAAGUUCUACCCAAACUGAUGAACCCUUUAAUUUGGCACAAGGCGGCUUAUUCCAAAAUAACAGGGGAAGUUAUCAUUGUUGGAGGAGUUCAUGAUUCGCCAUAUGAAAGAAAUGAAAAGGAUUGUGAAGAUAAAAAACUCGUUGUGCUUGCAUAUCAGCCUAUUUCAUUGUUCAGGCUUUGUCUAAAUGUGAUUGUCAGUGACAAGGCCCUACAGCUAUUUGCAGACAUCCUACCCAAACCUUUAAUGGAUUUGGUAGCCUAUCGUUCAGAGCAAUCGACAUAUUUAUUAUAGACAAAAAGAAAAUUCAAUUUAGUCUUUUUUGUUUAAAAGUUAAUUUUUUAAUUUAAUUUGGGAAAGCGGUAAAUUGCAACUUGUACUAUAAACAUUUGUCAAAUGUUUGUUUUGGAUAGAAUUUUAUGUAACAGUUUACUGCUUUUUCAGUUGUUAAAACUUUUUUUAAAAUUAAUUUUGCAUAACAAAAAUUGUUAUAAGAUCCUCACUAUUUUCUAUAAUUGUCCUUCCUCUUUAUAUGUAUUAUAUCAUAUAUAUAAAUAAAAAAUAGACAUAUAUGUAUACGUUUCCCAGA